CGAGCGGCGCGCCCGUCCGUCCGUCUGCAGCCGUCGGGGCCCGGGUGCCCCGCGAUGAGCAGCCCCGAUGCGGGCUACGCCAGCAGCGAGGAGCAGGCGCAGGGCCGGGGCGCGCUGCCCGCCAUGAUGCCGGCCCUGGGCCCGUGCCCCUGGGCGGAGGCGCUGAGCCCGCCGGGCGAGGCCAAGGCGAAGGGCGAGGCGGGGACGACGGGCGGGCGCGGCAAGGGCGAGGCGCGGAUCCGGCGGCCCAUGAACGCCUUCAUGGUGUGGGCGAAGGACGAGCGCAAGCGGCUGGCGCAGCAGAACCCGGACCUGCACAACGCCGAGCUCAGCAAGAUGCUGGGUAAAUCGUGGAAGGCGCUGUCGCUGGCGGAGAAGCGGCCGUUCGUGGAGGAGGCGGAGCGGCUGCGCGUGCAGCACAUGCAGGACCACCCCAACUACAAGUACCGGCCGCGGCGGCGGAAGCAGGUGAAGCGCCUGAAGCGGGCGGAGAGCGGCUUCCCGCAGCACGGCGCGGCCGAGGCGGCGCCGCCGGCCUUGGGCCCCGACGGAGUCGGCGUCGGAGUCGGCGUCGGGACGUGCGCCGAGAGCCUGGCGCUACCGUACGCGGAGCGCGGCUACGCGGCGGGGCCGGGGCGCUACCGGGACUGCCCGCCGCUGGGCGCCGCCUUCGACGGCUUCGGGCUGCCCACGCCGGACCCGUCCCCGCUGGACGCGGCGCACGGCGAGGCGCCGUUCUUCGCGCCGGGGCCUCCCGAGGAGUGCGCGCCGGGGCACUACGGCGGCUACGGCCCGGGAGCGGCGGCGGGAGACUUCUCGGCGGUGGGAGCGGGCGAGAGCCCCGCGGGGGCGGCGCUGCGGCGGCACCACCAGCACCCGCACCCCGCUGCCGGCGAGCUGGGGCCGGGCGGCCCGCUGCAGGGGCUGCUGGGCUGCCCGGCGCCGCCGCACUACUACGGGCAGCUGUGCCCGGGCCGCGGCCCGCCCGCUCCCGUGCCCAUGGCC